ACAUUGCGUUGUUUUGACUUGUAGUCAUACGUCGCGAGGCUCUUUCCACGACCGAACGCUAGUACAGAUUUCGCGAAAAACGGAACGCAUUUUUAACUUUUUUAUUAAAAAAAGAUCACUAGAAAUGUAUUCAAUAGCUGAAGCUACAUUGGCUUUCGUUGUUUUAUAUCUUUUUUCUUUUUUAUUUGAAGUUGUAACGGGAUUGGUUGUGUAAUUAAAUUUAAGUACAGCUAUUUUCCAAAAUGUGAUAUUUAUAGUAGUUAAUAUUUUUAAAUGUCUACUUAAAAUAGUCAAAUAUGCAAUUUUUAGAGGUGAUAGCUUUAUUUAUAUAUAUUUAGUCCAGUAUUUGAAUUAAUUCCUAUUUAUCUAAUUUAUAAGUUUGACAUAUUUACCUAUAAGAAACAAAUCAAUAAAUUAUAUUUAUAUCUACUUAUACACCAAGAUCAAGAUAUAAAAAAACAUAAAAAAUGUGGUAUUAUAAAAUACACCGUAACUUAAAUAAAAAAGUCAAACCAAUAAUUUGGACACGAUACCAUUCUAUAGUCGCUGAUAGACAAUGGCAAAGCGUUGUCGGUUUGGAAGUUCAUGCACAGCUCAAUACAGAAUCCAAGUUGUUCUCUGGCGCUGAAAAUACAUUUGGUGGGUUAGUUAAUAAUUGUGUAUCUUUAUUUGACGCUGCUAUACCCGGAACACUACCAGUGCUGAAUAGAAAAUGUGUGGAACUUGGUGUUAAAACUGCACUGGCACUAUCGUGUCGCGUUAAUGAAGUGUCGACUUUUGAUAGAAAACAUUAUUUUUACGCGGAUUUGCCUGCUGGUUAUCAAAUAACACAACAGAGAGCACCUCUUGCUAGCGAUGGUGUUAUUAAUUUUCAGGUAUUUACACCGGGAGUACAUAAGAAACCGUAUAAAAAGAGUUCAAAGAUUAAGCAAAUCCAACUGGAGCAGGAUAGUGGAAAGUCCUUACAUGAUGAUGAGUUAAAAAGAAGUCUUGUGGAUCUAAAUAGAGCUGGAGUGCCACUUAUUGAGCUUGUUUUUGAGCCUGAUUUAGAGGAUGGUGAGGAGGCUGCAGCAUUGGUGAAGGAGCUAAUAUUGAUCGUACAGAGACUUGAAGCCUGUACAGGUCGUAUGGAAGAGGGAGCACUACGAGUUGACGCUAAUGUGUCACUACGUCGCAUUGGACAGCCGCUCUCUACAAGGACUGAGAUAAAAAAUAUAGGAUCUAUUCGUGGCGUGGCGGGUGCAAUUCGGCACGAAAUCGAUCGUCAACGAUCGAUACUUGAGAGUGGUGGCACCAUAUUGAACGAAACGCGUUCAUGGGACGCCACUAACAAAGUGACUGUGGCGAUGCGAGACAAAGAAGUUGUACAGGAUUAUAGGUAUAUGCCAGAGCCGAAUCUCCCGCCCCUACGAGUUAACUUGAAAACGAAGAAUGACACUCAGGAUGUUAUAAGCGUACCUUUAAUACAGGAUCAAAUUCCGGAAUUACCCGAAGACACGCGGAAGCGUCUCGUACAAGAAUUCCAACUCAGACCAGAGGCUGCUAUACAACUCGUCAAUGAACCUAUAUUAUUAGAAUAUUUCCUGGAAAUCAGUGCAAAUAAAGAAAGAAAUCCAACUAAGGUGGCCAAUUUACUACUAAAUGACCUUCUCACAGCUCUAAACCAAAAUAAAGUUAAUAUUGAUCACUGUCCAGUGACAUCGAAACAGCUUAUUGAGCUUUCUGAUUUGCUGCUACAGAAAAAGAUCAAUUUGGAUAUGUGUAGACAGAUUCUCGAUGAGUUAGUACACAAUGCGGAUGAAGAUAUAUCACCUUCAAGGCUACUCAAAGAAAAAGGAUGGUCAAUGAUAACAGAUGAAGCAGAAUUGACUAAAUUGUGUAUAGAAGUUUUAGAAAAUAAUCCUAAAUUAGUUAAACAGUAUAAGGAAGGAAAAAAGAAGGUUUACAGAGCAUUAUUGGGUAUAGUAGUAAAAAGUUCUGAGAAUAAGAUUGACAUGGCAGCUGUAUCAAAAAUAAUGGACGAUCUGUUGAAAAAGUGAUAAAUAAAUAUUUUGGUUGUGAUA